GCCUUGCCUGCACUCUCCUUAUAUAGAUUCUCCUAUCUUCUAUGGCCAUGGCUGCAUUUUUCACGGAGGCGCGUACGCCUCUGCGCCGUUUAAACACUUUCAGCUUCUGGCCUUUAGUAUCUGUGUAAGUUAGGUUUUUUUUUUUUUUUUUUUUUUCUGUGUUGAGUUAAUGGCGACUAGCGCACGGAGAAAGGUUACGGAUCGGAUCAAGGGUCCGUGGAGCCCGGAAGAAGAUGAGCUGUUACAGAAGCUGGUGGAGAAGUACGGUGCGAGGAAUUGGUCUCUGAUCAGCAAAUCUAUUUGUGGUAGAUCCGGAAAGUCGUGCCGGCUCCGGUGGUGUAACCAGCUGUCGCCGCAGGUGGAGCACCGGGCGUUCACGGCGGAAGAGGAUGAGAUUAUCAUACGGUCGCAUUCUAAGUUCGGUAACAAGUGGGCCACCAUUGCCCGGUUGCUACAUGGCCGGACGGAUAACGCUAUUAAGAAUCACUGGAACUCUACACUCAAACGCAAGUGCGUUUCCAAGGCCAAAAGCUUCGUCAAGCCGCCUCAACAGCCUCAGCCUGUGAAAGGAUCUUCCGGUCUGUUUUCGGCUCCGGAUAGCCCUCCGGGGUCCGAUUUGAGCUCUUCUAGUCUCUCAGGUGGCGUUCCUCCGCAUGUUUACCGACCAGUUGCGCGGGCCGCCGGCGUCGUUCCUCCUCCGGAAACUGUUUCAUCUGCUACCAACCCUAUUACCUCUCUGAGUCUCUGUGUGCCCGGAUCCGAUUGCUCUGAAAUUCCGCAUUCUGUAUCCCAACCGUCCCCUGCUCCAGUUUCUCUUCCUCAAAUGGCUCCACCAGUAUCAUCUUUUCUGCCUCAAACCUAUGGAAGCUUCCAAUUUGGCUCACCUCCAACGGCGGAGAAACGGCUCUUUAGCCCAGAGUUCUUGGCGAUGCUACAGGAUGUGAUAAGGAAAGAAGUGAGGGACUACAUGUCCGGGAUUGAACACGGGCGCCUCUGUUUUCAGACUGAGGCAGUCCAAAACGCCAUUGUUAAUCGAAUUGGCAUCACCAAGAUUGAUGGCUAAUUUGUUUAGUAGCGUUGGUGAUUAGGAGAUGAAAAAUAAUUUUUAAGUUGGGAAUAACUGGAAAAUAUGGCCUGUUCAGGAGAAAACGCAUUAAAAAAAGAAAAAAAAAAAAUUCAAAGCAACAAGCAAGCAUAGUCUUUCAUAUCAAGGACCUAAAAAUUACAAGCCAAAUCCUUUAUUCUAAAAACGAACGUUUAAAA